GCUGCUUCUACCGUACAUUCAACCAACCAGCCCCACUACCGGUACGUUACUUUCACCCCCGUGAGGUUGGGCACUCGAGGAGAUAUGAGCACAAUAGAAGCGCUCUACAUCUUCGAUGAGCAUAACACACCGCUCCUCGAUCAUACAUAUAACGGCCGACCCCCAGCAUCCAGCACCCUUCUCCCGCUCUACCUCGCGCACCCCUCUCCACGACCCUCCCUCAUCUAUCUUCCAAACACGAACCCCUCGACGCUUCUGUACUCUAUAAUACAAGACCAACUUCUCUUCCUGUGCCCGUGCUCUACCGACACCGAACCCCUCCAGAUCCUCGAGUUCCUGCACCGCACCGCCGACGCCCUGGAAGACUUUCUCGGCGCUCCUCUGCUCGCGAGCAAAAUCGAAGCCAACUACGAUGUCGUGGCCCAGCUGCUCAAUGAGAUGGUCGAUGGCGGCGUCAUCAGCUGCACCGAACCGAAUGCGCUGAGAGAUGUUGUCGAGGCGCCCAACUUCAUCAAAAGCCUGCUCGGUGGAGUCGGUUUGCCCAGUUCAACACCAAGUAGUUUGACAGCUGGCAAUAGUGGUGGAUCAUUUUCUCUCGCGAGAGGCGCCAGUCCACGUUUAGGUCCCAGCGGAGGACCUGGUGGAGCUUCACAGGCUGCGAGUACUGUACCCUGGAGAAGAGCGAACGUACGGCACACGAGCAAUGAGAUGUAUGUGGAUAUAGUGGAGACGCUCAAUGUCACCUUGUCUCCUUCAGGAAGACCACUGGCCGCUAUCGCAAACGGCUCCAUUGCCUUCACUGCAAAGGUAUCUGGGGUCCCCGAUCUGAAUCUUCAACUCGGAUGCCCAGGAGGUCCGGCAAACACCAUCGCAUUACCAGUCUUUCACCCCUGUGUGCGACUCAACCGGUGGAAAGAUAGACCGGGAGACUUGAGCUUUGUGCCCCCAGACGGACGGUUUCUCCUCGCAGCAUACGAAGUCGAUCUACUAGGCCCAGCAGCUCUAGAAGCCUUCUCGACCACCACCACCCUAAAAUCCAGCCCAAAACUAAAUAUACCAGCAACCGUGAGCGUCCAAACCGCCCUCGGCCCCUCUGCAUCCGACUUCGAAGUAAAACUCCACUUAAAUCCGCGCUUCGCCGGCUCCAAAUCCUCCUCCGCCCUUUCCAACAGCGGACCAUCAAGUCGCGGAGGAGGCGGCCGCGGCCUUAGCGGCGCAGGUUUCGCAUCAUCAGCAACACAAGGCACAACCGCCGCCCCCACCGUCGAGUCCAUGACCGUUCACAUCCCGCUACCCGCCAGCGUCAAGAACGUAACCGACCUCCGCGUCUCCCGCAGCGCUGGCGAAGCCGGCUACGCCCCCGGCGACCGCGGCAUCGAGUGGCGCCUCACCUCCCGCGAGCUCAACGCCCUCAUGGCCAACGACCGCGGUAGCGGCACCUCGCUCGACGCUACCCUACGCGGGACCGUCGUCGGCGCCGACGCCGACGACUUGCAUGAUGCUGAGAAUGGCGGCGCAGGCGCGCUGUCUACGAAUACGUAUGAUUACGAUGACGAUGCUGCGGGCUCGUACCAAUCUUCUUCUUCCUCCAAUCACCCACGCGGAAGUAAACCUACUUCGAAACCGCCGAAUGUUGAGACCGAGCGGAAGAAAAUGAAGGUGCUGAUGCCGUCGUGCGCGACGGUGAGUUUCUCCGUCAAAGGGUGGCUGCCUAGUGGGAUCAAAGUCGAGAGCUUGGGCGUGGAUAUGAAGAGGAGUUCUGGGUUGGGGAGUGGAGUUACGCCGUACAAGGGCGUCAAGUAUCUUGGCGUUAGUAAGAAGGGGGUGGAAUGUAGAUGCUAG